AAAACAUGAUCUUGUGUGCUGUGCAACCAGUGCCGAGCAGGGCCGUCUGAUGGCUCUGCUCCUCCUUUAGCUCUGCUCUGGAAUCCGCCCGGCGCCGCCGCCGAUGUCCAACAUGCACCGAGCUGAUGCUGCUGUGGAUGAUGCAGUGUUGAGGAAGAAAGAGCAGAAAGAUGUUGAACUCGAUAAGAAAAUCCUGGCUUUGCGGAAGAAGAACGAGGCGCUCAUCAGAAGGUACCAGGAAAUAGAAGAGGACAAGAAGCGAGCUGAGCAGGAGGGGAUGGCAGUUACCUCCAGGAGACCCAAGCAGGAUGGACUCACUAUUACCAUCACCAAGGCUCACAAUGACAAAAGGGUGGUGAGUGAGAAAUGGGUGAGCCCCUGUCCUACGAGCCCUGGGUUUGCCAUUGGCAGUGAGGAAGAAGAGGAGGAGGAGGAAGCAGAUCAUAUGUUCACAUUCAGGAUGGGGAAGAGGAUGCAGCUGGCUGUUACCAUGGACAACAAAGCCAAGGGCAAGCGGAUCGUCAGCGAGAAGCGCAGCGAGAGCUUCCCCGGCCCGGGCAGGGCGCCUGACCUGGGGGAGGAAGGGACAGAGCAGCUGGUGGCUUUCCGAAGGGGGAGGAGGAUGCAGAUUGCCAUCACCAUGGACAACAAGGAAAAAGCAGAGGAGAGGAGAACAACAGAGAAGAGGAGAUCAGACAGUGACAAAGGCCCAGAAACUGAGCACAGCAGGAAGGAGGGCGGGAAGUCAGGCCAGAAGAGCCCUGGAGAGCUGAGUUUCCCCCUGAGCGGCCGGGAGCGCUCGGAGUACAUCCGCUGGAAGAGGGAGCGGGAGCAGAUCGACCUGGAGCGACUGGCCCGGCACAAGAACGCGAAGGGCGAGUGGCGACGGGCUUGGGACGUGGAGAAGUCAGAGCACAUGUUUGAAGAGGACUUUGUUAAGGAUGGGGAGCCAGCCUUGGAUAAUCCCAGCAAUAAGAAAGGUGGGCAGCACGGAGUGAACGUGAGCGACGCCGGCUCGAAGGCAGUGCCUGCAGUGAGCAGCAGAGCCAAGGGCAAGGACAGGCUGACGGGCAGAGCCAGGAGAUGGGAUGCAAAAGAAGGCGAUGACAUGUCUUUUCUGAAGGAUGAUGUUGAUGGCCAGAGGAGCCUUGGUAUGGACAAGCAGAAAAGCAGAGGUGAGGAGGGGGUGGAAGAGAAUUGCACAGCUGAGCUGGAGGAAAAGGUGAAACAGCCAAGCCCCCAAGAUCAUGGAGCCUCCUCAUCACAAAAGCUGAGGAAUGGAAAGGUCCACUCUGCCCACAGCGGCCAGAAGGAGGAGCAGGGAGGAGUGAAGGGCUUCAGCACAGAGGUGUCUGUGACCAGCCCAGGGGACUCAGAGCCAGGGCACAAGCCAAGCAAGGAAGGCAUUGGGGAAGGUGCCAAUGGGAAGCCUGGCACUGCUGACACCUCUCAGGAGGAGGAGAGCACUUCCAGCAUUGCUCCACAGAGCAACCUACCAGACACUGUGCAAGCCACCAGGCAUGGCAGUGAGGAGACCUUGUCACUGCCCACGGGAGCAGCAGAUGGAGCUGGCUUAGAGAAAAACACAGCUUCAGAGCAGGAGUCCAGUGAGGACUCUUCCAGUGGCCACGGAGGAAAGCUGGUGACAGCAGAGGGAGACAGGCUGGAUGCAGGUCAAGGACAGCUGGUGACAAAAAGAGGGGAGGAAGUGACCCAAGACACUGCCCUUGAGGGGCAAACAGUUGCACUGAAAGGAGGUGAAGAUGCUGAAGACACUGAACACAGAGGAGAGCCUUUGCCCCCAGGGAAAGCCACCUCUGACAAGACUGUUGUGCCUGAGCAGAACACAGUGAAACCACAGUCCAGGGAAGGGGACCAGCCUGAAGAUUGCAAGGACAAGGACAGUGGGAACACUCUCAACUAG